AUGAUGUAAUAAAUUCAAGUCUUAAAUGUAAAUAGUAAUUUAGUAUUCACUUUAAAUUUCAUGUAAUAAUCAAAUUAAUUGAUAUCUGGACAUUCUGGUGGAUCUAUUGUAAUUUGGUCAAGAAAUAACAAUUAUUAAUGGAAUUCCUCAUAAACAAUUAAUGGACAUAAUGAUUAUAUAAAUUGUGUAAUUUUGAAUAAGAAUGAAGAUCUUUUUAUAUCUAGUAGUAGUGAUAAAACUAUUAAAUUUUGGAUUAAAUAAAAUGAAUGGAUCUGUUAAUAAACAAUUACUGAUCAUACUAAUGAUGUUUAUUAAAUAAGUUUAAAUGAUUAACAAGAUAAAGUUAUUUCUUGUGGAAUGGAUAAUAACAUAUUAGUAAUUGAAUAUUCUGAAUAAAGUAAAAGGUGGAUUGUUAUAUAAAAUAUAUAUGUUGAUUGUUUCGGAUGGAGAUUAUGCUUUAUAAACAAUAAUCUAUUUACAUUUUAACCUUUUAAUGGUAAUUUAAUGCAUAUCUAUGAGAUGAAUAGUGUAAGUAAAUAGUUCUCUAGUUCAAAAGAUAUUACAGUAAAUUAAGAUUAAGAUGGUUGGUCAUUAUUUCCAUAAUAAUUUAUUAAAUAAAAAUAGAUAUUAGUUAGUAAACAUAGUGGAUAUGUCAAUUUUAUAAGAAAGACAGAAAAAGAUGAAUUUAAAGUUGAGUAAUCUAUUCAAUUUAAUACAUAUACAUUAUUUGGUUAAUUGAGUGAUGAUGGAGAGUAUUUUAUUACUUGGGAUGAUUAAUCUAAAGAAAUUUAAAUUAGAAAAUAUAGAGAAGAAUGA